UUAUGGAAAACAAUAAUCCGAUGGUUCAAUAACUAACUAUUGCAUAUGGAUGAAGAGGCAAUUAAGAUUCAAAAUAUUUCUUAACUAGUGUUAUAUACUGGGAUUAAGUUACAACAAAUGUAAACGCUCUGAUAUUACUUGGUGUGUGUCACUUUCAGUUCUUCACCUCUAUUUCCUGCCUCAAAAUGUUCCUCUACACUACACCCCUAUAUGCAGUCACCCGCUGAACAUUGCUGAACAUUGCAAUCCGGACUUCAACACUAGUUUACAUACAUAGAGACCAAGGGAUCAUUACGAUACUGAACUGGACUGGGAGUCAGAGUUCCUCAGAGAUUGGGCCUACUGCUGGCAUGAAUUCCAAUUUCCAACCAAAAUAUCCAACAGCGAAGAACACCAUCUAAAACCCAACCACAACAAAACAAACAGGCAACCAACCGGCCGAGCGACAACAUGACCUCCUCCAACUGCACCGAGCCGUCGUCUGGUUACCAGUACCACCUCUUCCCCGCGGUCUACAGCGUGGCCUUGGUUCUAGGGCUGCCCGGCAACCUGGUGGCCCUCUUCGUCUACAUCUUCAAGGUCAUCCCGCGCACCUCCUCCAGCGUGUACAUCAUCAACCUGGCCCUGGCCGACACCGCCAUCCUCCUCACGCUGCCCUUCCGCAUCCACUACCACCUGAACCGCAACCGCUGGGUCUUCGGGGACAUGGCGUGCCGGGUGACCGGCACCCUGUGGUACGCCAACGUCUACGUCAGCAUCUGCUUCAUGACCUGCAUCUGCGUGGACCGCUACGUGGCCGUGGUGCACCCCCACCGCUACCUGAGGUUCAAGAACCCCCGCUACGCCGUGGCGGUCAGCGUGCUCCUCUGGGCGGUCAUCGGCGUGGCCAUGCUCAGCUUCAUCCUCCUGGGGCCGCUGGAGAGCGACCUGGUCAGCUGCUUCGAGAACUUUGCCAAGGAGGAGUGGAGCGGCCGCCUGAUGCACUACAGCGCGCUCAGCCUGGUGUUCUGCUCCCUGCUGCCCUCCGUCAUCAUCCUGGUGUGCUACCCGCUGGCCAUGCGGCGCAUCUCCCUCAUCCCGGGCAGGACGUCCCACAAGGCCCGCAGGAUCAUCCUCACGGUGCUGGCCAUCACGCUGCUCUGCUUCCUGCCCUACCACGUGGUGCACCUGCUGCACCUGCUGCGCAGGAUGGGGGUGAUCCGCGGCUGCGCCACCAGCACCACCAUACACUACGCCCGGCGCGUGACCCUGGCCCUGGUCAGCCUCAACACGUGCCUGGACCCCUUGCUCUACCACGUCACCAGCACACACUGCAGCUGGAGCCCCCUCAGGGGCCUGUGGAAGUGGUAUAGGGCACGCAGGUACAUUGGCGUCUACACUCUCCCAUGCAUCAGCCCUCCGGUGAGUUGAGGCGGGUGACAGUAGCGUGUGUAAAACAAGCCAAAAAAGCCACAAAAUAGUGCAGUUUUUCCCCCCAAAUUUUUUUUAUUCAAACGGUGGUCUGUACAAUAGAAAAAAAAAAUUGAUCAAUACAGUUGGACAGAAAAUGUGUGUAUCUGAUGUUAAUACAUGAAAUGUAAUAUAAAAAGAUGGUUAGUUUGCAGUCUUAGCACAGUAC